AUGGCGCUCAGCAAACCGAAGGAGAUGGUGGCGGCCGCCACGGCAGCGGGUGUUGGUGGUUUCCUGGCAACGAGCAUCUUGUACCCUCUGGACACACUCAAGACGCGCAUCCAGUCGGGGUCAUCGCUCUUUCCCGAGAACGACGACGACGACGACGAUGUUGAAGGUGACGCCAGUGCACCCAAGCGUAAAACGAAGACGAUCGUGGCACUGAUCACGUCGUUGUACCGUGGUAUCCAAUACAAAGCGGUCGAGUCGUCGACCUCUAAAUUCUUAUACUUUUACACCUACACAAUGCUGGCUCAGCUCGUAUCCCCUCCCAACGGAAAGCCGGUUGGUCCGUUCACGGAUUUAAGUAUCGGCUACUUGAGUGAGCUCUGUCAUCUGCCAAUCACCAUGCCUAUGGAGCUAGUAGGCACUCGGAUGCAGACGGGCGGGUCUGAAAAAGGCAACAUGAUACAGAUCCUCUGUGCAACUAUAAAGGAAAGCGGGAUUGGAGGACUCUAUAAGGGGCUCGGAGCGUACUUUGUGCUGUGUUUGCAGCCCGCAAUACAAUACACGGUGUUUGAGCGACUCAAGGUCUUGUACGUACGAAAGUUCAAGCAGACAGCACAGACACUUGGCGCACUAGAGGCUUUCGUGAUGGGAGCGAUUGCACGGUCGUUCGCCACGCUCGUUCUGUUCCCGUACAUUCGGGCCAAAGUGCUGAUGCAGACAGAGAAAAGGGGACCAGAUGGUGCGGGAGAUGUCAAACAAGAACACGGUCGUGGCGUCAGGGCAAGAGAAGAGACCGUUGCGUCCACGCUGCAGCGGGUUUACAAGGAGGAAGGCCCUCUCGCGCUCUACCGUGGUCUUGGACCGGAGCUUACUAGGGGAGCGCUCUCGUCUGCGCUAAUGCUCAUGCUCAAGGAAAAGAUCCAGAUGCACAUUGUGAUGCUCAUGAUGGCCGCCAAUGCGGCGUAA